CCGAACAAAACAUCAACAGCAAUACUGUGUGCUGCUGCUCUCUUCUAUUUAGUUUGGUCUCUCGCUCGCUCCCUCGAUCGCUUGCUGCCGAGAAACGAGAGAGAGAGAGAGAGAGCUGCUAACACUGUAUUCUCGAUAAUGCAAUUUGCGCCAAUUUGAAUCAGAUCAUCGACCCUACUCAUUGCUCUAUCUAACGCAUUCUUCGUCAGAUCUGAUCGUCCGCCGCAUUUCGCGAUGCCGUCUUCCUCCUCCUCAGCCACCGCCGCUGUCUUCCUUCUUCUCGUUUCUCUUCUCGCAACCUCUCUCGCCUCUGAUUCAGAUCACAAGUAUCAAGCUGAUGAGCAGGUUACACUGUGGGUGAACAAAGUUGGGCCGUACAACAAUCCACAAGAAACGUACAACUACUACAGCCUUCCCUUUUGCCGCCCCUCUCUAAACGAUGUUCACAAAUGGGGUGGUCUUGGUGAAGUUCUUGGUGGCAACGAGCUCAUUGACAGCGAGAUCCCUAUCAAAUUCUUGAAAAAUGUUGACAGGAACGUGAUCUGUAAGCUUGAACUCGACGAACUUAAAGUCGAGCAUUUUAAAGAUGCCAUCGAGUCUAGCUACUGGUUUGAGUUCUUUAUGGAUGAUCUGCCUUUGUGGGGAUUCGUUGGUGAGCUGCAAUCUGACAAAAAUGGUGAAAACGGCAAACAUGUCCUCUACACGCAUAAGAACAUUAUCGUCAAAUACAACAAAGACCAGAUUAUUCAUGUUAAUCUCACUCAAGACAACCCAAGGCCAUUGGAAGCAGGGAGGACAGUGGAUCUGACGUAUUCUGUUCAAUGGAUUCCAACCGAUGUCACAUUUGCCCGCCGUUUUGAUGUGUAUUUGGAUUAUCCAUUCUUCGAGCACCAGAUCCAUUGGUUCUCCAUCUUUAACUCGUUCAUGAUGGUUAUUUUUCUCACCGGUCUUGUCUCAAUGAUAUUGAUGAGAACUCUCAGAAAUGAUUACGCGAAGUAUGCUCGUGAAGAUGAUGAUCUCGAGAGCUUGGAACGGGAUGUAAAUGAAGAAUCCGGCUGGAAACUUGUGCAUGGGGAUGUGUUCAGACCACCAUUUAGUUUAGUUCUUCUCUCAGCUGUUGUCGGCACAGGUGCACAGUUGGCGUUGCUUAUUCUUCUUGUCAUAUUGAUGGCCAUCGUAGGGACUCUAUAUGUUGGGAGAGGAGCAAUUGUCACAACUUUCAUAGUUUGCUAUGCUCUGACUUCCUUUGUCUCUGGUUACGUGAGUGGUGGAAUGUACUCAAGAAGCGGGGGUAAGCACUGGAUCAAGUGCAUGGUCCUCACGGCUUCUCUAUUCCCCUUUUUGUGCUUUGGGAUCGGCUUUAUCCUAAACACAAUUGCCAUAUUCUAUGGAUCCCUUGCGGCUAUUCCUUUCGGGACAAUGGUGGUUGUGUUUGUAAUUUGGGGUUUCAUUUCCUUCCCCUUAGCCCUCCUCGGGACAGUCGUGGGAAGAAACUGGAGUGGUGCUCCAAACAAUCCAUGCCGUGUAAAGACUAUUCCACGUCCGAUCCCUGAGAAAAAAUGGUACUUGACUCCAUCGGUUGUCUCCCUGAUGGGAGGUCUGCUACCAUUUGGAAGCAUCUUCAUUGAGAUGUACUUCGUCUUCACAUCCUUCUGGAAUUACAAGGUGUACUACGUGUAUGGAUUCAUGCUGCUGGUUUUCGUGAUUCUGGUGAUAGUGACGGUCUGUGUGACAAUAGUGGGAACUUAUUUCCUUCUGAACGCUGAGAAUUAUCACUGGCAAUGGACUUCGUUUUUCUCUGCUGCGUCAACGGCUGUCUAUGUCUACCUAUACUCCAUCUAUUACUACUACGUGAAGACGAAGAUGUCCGGAUUCUUCCAAACAAGCUUCUACUUUGGGUACACCAUGAUGUUCUGUCUUGGCCUUGGAAUCCUUUGCGGAGCGGUUGGAUUCUUGGGAUCAAACCUGUUUGUAAGGAGAAUCUACAGAAACAUCAAAUGCGACUAGAGAUAUCAAUAGAGGUAAAAAACACCGAGUUGAGAAGGAAGCUUGUUAUGGUGGACAUACAUUAUAUAUAAACGCCAGUAGAGAGGGGGAAUAUAUAAGUAUUCUUCAAUGGGGUCUUUGUGUUUUUUUGGUAAGUGAAUUGUUUUUCCUCUUUAGAUUAGAAUUUGAGUGGGUGUAAUAUACAGCAACUACUACUACUACCUGUAAUUUUUUCCCUUGUUCCUUAUAACUUCACUUCACUUGGAACA